AAAAGAAAACCCUACUUAUUAAAGAUCAAGAAGAGAUUACAAGAAAUCUUAAAGAUUUGCAAAAUGGAUUUACCAAAUACAAAACAUAAUCACAUAAUCUUCUCUUUACAGCAAAGUGAGGAUUUGGUGAUUGAUGACCAUCCUUAUCUGAUUUCCUUCAACCAAGAAGAUCAUACACAUGAUGAACAUCUUUCCAUGGUGGAUGGUAUGUGUAAAACUAGCAUCAAUCUUCCUUCAAGCAGCACCAGGAAAAGGUCUGGAUGCCGAGCAUCCAAUAAGCCUACUUUAGCUGCUACUUGUGGGGGAGGAGAUGGUGAAGAUGACCAAACACAGAAGAAAAUGGUUCACAGAGAGAUCGAAAGGCAGCGGAGGCAAGAAAUGAGCCAGCUUUAUGCUUCACUUAGAGGUUUACUCCCUAUUGAAUUCGUAAAGGGAAACCGUUCGGUGUCAGAUCAUAUGAACCAAGCAGUGCAUUACAUCAAACAAAAGGAGGAAAACAUUAAGGAAAUCAGUACGAAGAGAGAUCGGCUCAAGAAACCUUUUGACAAGAUUGAAAUCUCGAUGAAUCAGUUAUCCAAUACAGUCUCAGUCAAGUUCUGCAAUGGGGGAGUCGAGAUUUUGAUCAACAGCUGCUCAAUAGAAGAAGGGUUUGCCCUUUCACAAGUACUAGAUGCACUUAUGGAAGAAGGCCUUAACGUAGUAAGCUGUAGCUCAACCAAAGUAAACAAUCGGCUGCUUCACUCUAUCCGAUCUGAGGUAAGUGAGAAGGCAUUCAUUGAUCCAUCAAUGUUGCAACAAAGACUAGUCUUGGUAGCCAAUACUCAGUCAAAUUUCAUUUAAGAUCGUUCUACUCAUAAUUUGAAAACUAUGGUAUUUUUUUUUCCAGCUCGUAGGAGAUGUCACAAAACACAUUUAUUUGACCCUUCGCAUGAUUUAGUUUGUUGUGCAUAACAUCAAAAGCUUAGUUUACAUGAAGUUUGUGCCGAUAAUGUAAUCUUGUGUUUUCCUGAAAUUCAUUUGUAAAUGUCUCUUCUUAAUUACGUUCAUCAGUAGAUGUCAUGGGUUGCAUUAGUUGUUCUUGUUAUGGAAGAACAUCAAAUUCCACCCUCACUUUCAUGGAUUGUUCUUACAUGCAAGUGAUAUGAUAACGAUUUAUAAGAUUAUGAUGUAAGAAAUUAAGAUUAGUUGUCAUCACAAACACUGGGCUAAAUUUCGAGAAAGAUUGUAAUUACAAUUUGA